AAAAGGUUAAGUAUAUGGAUUGCGGCCUGAUUGGGUUAUGUCAGUUUCUAUAAUAAAGUAAAUAGUUCAAUUAAAUAAAAAUGUAUCGAAGAAUUGUUACGAAUCUUGUGAAGCUUGUACCGAAAAGAAAUCCGAACGCGAUAAUGCGACCAAUGUCUGCAAAGUCGGUGGUAUCUAAAUCAAUUGGAAACUGGGAUUUGUAUGCAUCUGUCCUUGUGGAACGUCUGCCCAUCGUAUCAAAAAGUUUUAACGCCAUUGAACGUGAAUUCCAGGAGCAACUAAGGCGCGUAGAGUUCGAGAACAGUUUGCAGUCAGAUCAUGAACUUAAACAUCAACGAGAUUUAAUACAAAGUGAAUUAAUCAAAAAAGGAAAAAUGGAAGUGGACCUUGACGACAGCGCUUCCAAGCAGACAGCACAAGAUUUAAAAGAUGCCUACUCAGAGGAGUUGAAAAGUUUUCAAUUUGCUUUACGGUCUACUGCGGACGAUGCAACCAACAAAACAAAUUCAACAAAUAGAUGUUUAGAAGAUACUUUGUAUCUGGUUGUCGAGGAAUCAUUAAGCAAACAAGCGGUGAAAAUGUUACCACAAGGUCCACGAUUUGAUGGGGAGACCAUGCGUCAGGCGGCAGAACGAGUGCUACGAGAGAAAUGUGGUACUCAAUUGGAGGUUACUUUCUAUGGAAACGCACCAUGCGGAUUUUACAAAUAUAAAUAUCCGAAAGAAGUGCGUAAAAGUAGUAUCGGAGCCAAAGUUUUCUUUUACCGAGCAUCCCUGCAUGGCGGUAAUGUCGAUACAGCUAUUGCGAAAAAUUUCGAAUGGCUGACAAGGCCAGCAUUAGAGGAACAACUUCAAAAAUCUGAAUAUUCAGAAAGUAUACAAAAAUUUUUGUUAUAGAAUAAAUGUACAUCUACCCAAAACAUGCAAAUAAAUCCUGGUUAAAAUCAA